AACAAAAAGAACUCCCAAAACCAGAUGUGGUGAACUAAUAAACUCCGACCUAUGUGGGAGCUACAAGCUACCCGACUCAAACUGAGUCAUGCAUGUGGGGGAGUAAACAAGCCAACUCCCAACCCAAAUAAAGCUAUGUUGAGGAGCCAAUAAUCUCACAAAGCUAAGAGAGAAAUAACUUUUAUGACUCCUUAAACUAGGGAGUAUGAUUUGAGUCAAAUUUUAUAGAGCGCCUAAAAUAACUUUUAUAUAUUUUUAGUCAAAUGUUAACUGAAAAAUAAGGAGCAUGAUUGUAAAUGCUCUAAGAGUAUCAUAAAAUAUAUUAAUAUAUUGUGAUGGGGCCGGGACCACUCUGAUAUAUUUCCUAUUUCAAUUCUGCCUUUCUUUAUCUUUUGCCUUUGCUUUUAGGGGAACCAUCCGCGUGGACCCAUCAGUAUCUUGAAGGAAGGAAGCCCCCAGGCUGGAUGCAUAAGGGUUGAAUAAGUUUUUGUUGCUUUGAAUGGGGUGGAUGAUACUUUACAUUUUUUAUUUGAUAAUUUAUUACAUUCUUCAAUUAUUCUAAAAUAAUAUAAUUCAAACUUGGUUGCACAACAUGCAUAUGUAGAUGUAAGCAUGUGCAACGUUGUUUUUGUAUGCAACGUUUAUCAUGAAAUAUUAUCAAAUUUAUACGGCGUAGCUCAUCAAAAACUUGACAUAUGAAGUCUCUGGGUACAAAUUAAUUAUAAAACCCAAAGUUGUAGCUAUCCUUUACCGAUAAAAUAAAGAUUUUAAACAAAUAAUAAUUUGUAUCAUAUCUUGAGGAACGGCGGGAGGACUGCUCAGCCCUACCAAGUCUAGGUUGCUUCACCCCUCUAUCUUGAAGCAUUGAUUCAUAGACAACAAUUGAAGGUAGGCAUACGUUUCGUGAUGAUAGAGCAUAGCUUUCAUCUUUACAUCUGCAUCCGGCAUGGCAGCUAUCACAAGUUAUCCUCACUUUAUUUCGUACUAUUUUAAAUACGUGACCAUUUGAUUUAGUGGCAUUCAGCUUCUACAUUUUUGGAGGAUGUCCGGAGUUCAAAUUUUAUAGACGACAACAUUUGAGUUUCGUUUUCACUAUAAUGUAAGCAUAAGGUGGAUCUCAGUUGUUUGAUGCAUUAACGUGCAUUGUCCACCAAUCACCAUGCAUACAAAUAAACAGGAGAUAUCCAUUGCCAAAUGGAAGUUUCCCUCUCCACAUAAACACAAAUAUCCGAAAUUCUAAUAUCAAUGAUAGCAAGCAUCCAAAGCAAGUUCAAGCAAUUUCUCAGCAACUUCCAAUGGAUGUUUUUCUUUCAAGUGAAUCUUGCUAUCCAUCACUCAAUGAGAUAAAAUAAUCAGGUGGUUCUGUUUCAUGACUUUGAAACUAUGUACAUAAUAUUGUCACAACCAAAUUGCUAGAUAUUAGGUAGAAAAGGCAGUAAACUUAUUACAGUCUGCAAGAGGUCGUAAAUUGUAAUGUAUCAAUUUUCAGAACAGAAGCCAAUGACAUAAGGAACCAAAUGUACCUUCACAGCUAUAUCUGUAUAAUAUAAGAAACACAACCUCCUAAUUCUACUUAUCUGCAUUCCCAGUUUUCCAUUGUUUCUCCUUGUAACUGCUCUCUCUUUCUGCUCUAGAAAUUGACCAUGUCUAGCAUUUGCAAUGCAAAAUUGAAUUCCAUUGACGUUCUACUUGAAGGGGAAAACACACUUAGCACAGCCAGAAAGAGGUGGCAUAAGGCUUUUGCUGCAAUCUUUUUUUGCAGGGCCAUGCUCUCUCUGGUCAAGAAGUCAGAAGCUGAGAAAAAAAGUACCAAGAUUUCAUACUCUCCUGUUCACACCACUUCCCAUUUUCAGCUGAAAAAUGGGUUCAAAAUUGAUAGCAAAUGCCUCACUGAACUCAUGAAGGAGAAAAAUCUACACCUACUUCGGGAGCUUGAAGGCAUCGAUGGCAUUGCGUCUGCUCUUCAAACCGACAUUGAGCGUGGCGUCCACGACGACGGUGACAACAUUGCCCUCCGACAUAAAGCAUUCGGUUCAAACACUUAUAAGAAGCCACCUUCGAAAAGCCUUUUCCAUUUUAUGUGGCAAGCUUCUAAGGAUCUUACCAUUGUCAUCCUUUUAGGCUGCGCUGCACUCUCACUUGGCUUUGGCAUUAAGCAGCAAGGACUAAAAGAAGGAUGGUAUGAUGGUGGAAGCAUCUUUGUUGCUGUUUUUCUUAUUGUUGCUAUAUCUGCCUUUAGUGACUACAGGCAGAGCAAACAAUUCGACAAGCUGUCGAAAGCUAGUGAGGAUAUCCCGAUUGAUGUUUUGAGAGGCGGGCGAAGGCAAAAGAUUUUGAACUUCGACAUAGUAGUUGGAGAUGUUGUUUUCUUGAAGAUUGGUGAUCAAGUUCCUGCUGAUGGAUUGUUCUUAUAUGGACAUUCGUUGCGCGUAGACGAAUCAAGCAUGACAGGGGAAAGCGACCAUGUGGAAGUCGAUUGCAGCCACAAUCCAUUCUUGUUUUCUGGAACCAAGGUGGUUGAUGGCUAUGGCCAAAUGCUUGUCACUUCAGUUGGCAUGAACUCAACAUGGGGCCAAAUGAUGAGCUUGAUUAACCAUGACACCAGUGAUCAACAGACGCCUUUACAAGAACGGCUCAGCAAACUAACCCCAUUGAUGGCUAAGAUUGGUUUGGCAGUUGCAUUCAUGGUCUUUGUGGUCUUAUUAGCUCGUUACUUCACUGGAAACACAAAGAAGGAGAACGAAAUUGGUAAGUUCGAUGGCAGCAAGACAAAGAUUGAUGAUGUGGUGAAUGCUGUGGUGGACAUAAUUGCAAUUGCAGUUAUUGUUGUUGUGAUUGCAAUUCCAGAAGGCUUCCCAUUGGCUGUCACUCUAACUCUUGCAUAUUCGAUGAAGAAGAUGAUGGCAGAGCAGGCGUUGGUGAGGAGGCUCUCUGCUUGUGAGACUAUGGGCUGUGCCACCACCAUUUGUACAGACAAAACCGGCACGCUGACACUCAACCAGAUGAAAGUUACAAAGUUUUGGCUUGGCCAAAAAUCUGUGGAAGAUGGUGCUGCUUAUUCAUCAAUUCCUGAUUGUCUUCUUGAUUUAAUCCUAGAAGGAGUGGCUUUUAACACCACGGGCAGUGUUUACAGGCCUACUUCAGCAUCCGAAUUUGAGUUUACAGGCAGUCCUACUGAAAAAGCCAUUCUUUCAUGGGCUGCUCUGGAGCUGAACAUGGACAUGGAGGGAUUGACAAAGAAAUGUAUCAUUCAACAUGUUGAAGCCUUCAAUUCACAGAAGAAAAGAAGCGGGGUUUUGAUGAAACGGAAGGCAGACAAUACCACCCAUGUGCAUUGGAAAGGAGCUGCAGAGAUGAUAUUAGAAAUGUGCUCGAGUUACUACGAUGCUUCUGGUAUUACACAAGAUCUGACUGAUGAUGAAAGGAUGAAGUUUGAGCAAACUAUUCAAGGGAUGGCAGCAAGCAGUCUCCGAUGCAUUGCUUUUGCACACGAACAAAUUCAAGAUUACAAGCACUGUGAUGAAAAAAUACACGAAAAGCUCGAAGACAGCGGCUUGAUCUUAUUAGGACUGGUUGGUCUAAAGGACCCAUGUAGGCCAGGAGUGAGGGAAGCAGUAGAAGCUUGCCAGUUCGCCGGGGUGCAGGUGAAAUUGAUCACUGGUGACAAUGUUUUCACUGCUAAAGCUAUAGCUACUGAGUGUGGGAUACUCAGGGCAGACCAGGACAUGGUCAGGGAAGCAGUGGUAGAAGGUGUGGAAUUUCGGAACUACACACCAGAGCAGAGAAUGCAGAAGGUUGAUGAGAUUUGUGUGAUGGCAAGGUCUUCACCAUUUGAUAAACUUCUGAUGGUGCAAUGCUUGAAACAGAAAGGCCAUGUAGUUGCUGUUACUGGCGAUGGCACCAAUGAUGCCCCAGCACUGAAAGAAGCCGAUAUAGGACUCUCAAUGGGGAUUCAGGGCACUGAAGUGGCAAAGGAAAGUUCAGACAUUGUCAUUCUGGAUGACAACUUUGCUACUUUGGUCACUGUUUUGAGGUGGGGAAGGGGUGUUUAUGCCAACAUCCAGAAAUUUGUUCAAUUCCAGCUCACAAUAAAUGUUGCUACUCUUGUGAUCAACUUUGUGGCAGCUGCCUCAGCUGGUGAAGUACCUUUGACAGCAGUCCAGUUGCUGUGGGUGAAUCUGAUCAUGGACACAAUGGCUGCUCUGGCUCUUGCCACAGAUAAGCCCACCAAAGAGCUCAUGGAAAGGCCACCUGUUGGGCGGACAGAGCCCGUGAUCACCUGCAUCAUGUGGAGGAACAUUUUAUCUCAAGCUUUGUUCCAGAUAGCUGUCCUCUUGAUCUUGCAGUUCAGGGGCAGAUCAAUCUUUGGUGUUAAUGAGAGGGUAAACAACACCUUGAUCUUCAAUACUUUUGUCUUCUGCCAAGUCUUCAAUGAAUUCAACUCAAGGAACAUUGAGAAGAAUAAUGUCUUCAAAGGGAGUCAAAGGAACAAGCUGUUUUGGGUCAUCAUUGCAAUAACCAUUGCAGUUCAGGUGGUUAUGGUGGAACUUCUGGAGAGGUUUGCAGAUACAGAGAGGCUAAGUUGGGGCCAAUGGGGGGCAUGCAUUGGAAUUGCAGCCAUAUCUUGGCCAAUCAGUUGGGUUUUCAAGUGCAUACCAGUUCCUGCUAAGCCAAUAUUCAGCUAUCUAAAGAGGGAUAAGUGAAUCACAUCAUAGUGGUCUUUACCCAAUUAACUACUCAUAGUGGUCUUUACCCAAUUAACUAGUCUUAUGUUUAUCAUUCAAUGUAUGAAUUUUAUAAUGUAAUCUUAUGGAGCAAAUGGGAGGCUGGUUCUCAAAUGACAAUGUGGUAAAAAAAAUCCAUGAGAUGUCCAGAAAAACAAUUACAGAACGUGGCCCAUGCUUUUUCUUUUGGG